UAUCUCCUAGUAGAAACUUAUAGCAUCCAUUCAUAGGGAGAAAGUGACAUAGACACAGAGAGAGAGAGAGAGAGAGAGAGAGAUAAGAGUGCUCUCCAGGGGAGUAUCUCUCGGCAGUCGGCACAACUGCGAGCAAAGCUUUAUUUCGCGAGUGACACAGGAUUUGUUCGAUCAUCAUCACAACCAUCACCAUCGUCAUCAUUUGCAUCUCAGACACACCUGUACCUGUACCAGUACCAGUCCCAGUACCACCAUGUCUGCAACUAAUGAGAAGCCAGAGCAACACCCUCUAACCCACCUCUUUCUCGUUUGCUUAUCGCUCGCCAACCCCACAAAAGAUGACCCUGCCGAAAACCCCAAGAUGGACCCGGAAAAGCAAAUACAGUUGGUUCUACCAACCAUCUCCGAUAUCAUCUCCGAAAGCAAAUCACUCAUUAACCUCGCCUUCCCCAUGGUCCUAACCGCCCUCAUUCUCUACUCUCGUUCUAUCCUCUCCAUGCUCUUCCUCGGCCACCUCGGCGACCUUGAACUCGCCGCUGGCUCGCUGGCCAUCGCUUUUGCCAAUAUUACCGGCUACUCCGUGCUCUCCGGCCUAGCUCUGGGCAUGGAGCCUCUCUGCUCGCAGGCCUUCGGAGCAAAUCGUCCCAAGCUUCUAUCUAUAACCCUUCACCGCACAGUGAUUUUCCUCCUCGUCUCGUCGAUACCCAUUUCUCUUCUCUGGCUCAACAUGUCCAAAAUCCUGCUUUAUCUACACCAAGACCCCAGUAUCACCCACAUGGCUCACACGUACCUAAUGUUUUCUCUCCCCGACCUUUUCUCCAACUCUUUCCUUUACCCAAUCCGCAUUUACCUUCGCGCUCAGGGCAUCACCCACCCGGUCACACUAGCAUCCCUCGCUGGCACGGUUUUCCUCCUGCCAAUGAACUUUUUGCUCGUCACCCACUUCGGGCUCGGCGUGGCCGGCGUAGCCGUAGCCUCAGCCGUUUCCAACAUCUUCGCGCUCUUAUCCAUUGUGCUAUACGUGUGGGCCACCCGGCUGCACGAGCCAACCUGGACAGCACCGAGCCGAGAGUGCUUAACCAACUGGAAGCCGCUCCUCCGGCUCGCCGCUCCGAGCUGCAUCUCGGUCUGCCUGGAAUGGUGGUGGUACGAGAUCAUGAUCAUCUUGUGUGGGCUCCUGGUUAACCCCAAGGCCACGGUGGCGUCAAUGGGCAUCUUGAUCCAAACGACGGCGUUGAUUUACGUGUUCCCGUCCUCGCUCAGUUUCGCCGUGUCGACACGGGUCGGAAACGAGCUCGGCGCGAACUGUCCGUACAGGGCGAAAUUAUCCGCUGUGGUCGCGGUGUUCCUGGCGGCCAUAAUGGGCCUAUCGGCGAUGACCUUCGCAUCGGGGAUGAGGGAUAAGUGGGCCAGUAUGUUCACCAACGACGCCGAGAUCCUACGGUUGACAGCCGCCGCCCUGCCGAUCCUAGGGCUGUGCGAGCUCGGAAACUGUCCGCAGACCGUGGGGUGUGGAGUCCUCAGAGGCAGCGCGCGACCGACCACGGCGGCUAACGUGAACCUUGGCGCAUUUUAUCUUGUGGGCAUGCCCGUGGCUGUUGGGCUCGCUUUCUGCCUGGGCGUUGGGUUUUGUGGGCUUUGGGUCGGGCUCUUGGCGGCCCAGGUGUGCUGCGCUGGACUGAUGUUGUACGCGGUCGGGACCACCGACUGGGACCUCCAAGCUUUGAGGGCCCAGAUGCUAACGUGCGCCGGAGGUGGAAACGUGGAGGCCGUAACCAGAAACGGCGGCGAGGGUGAGGAGGAGCAAGAGCCACUGGUUUCCAUUGUUGUUUGCCAAACUAAAAACUGAAAUUACGAACCCGGCAAGAAGUCAAUUUUUUUUUUUUUUUUUUUUUUGACUGUGCCCAUCUCUAGCGUGGACACAACAAUUCUCUCUCCGAUCCUUUGUGAAUUAUUAAUGAUCGAUAAAUUUGUUCUUUUGUUUUUUUUUUUUUUUUUUUUUUUUUGUUCUUUUUGGUCGAGCUGGGAGAGAUGGGUCCUAAGUGAAAAGGAUACAAUUAAGGAGAAAACUUGCUUUAAUUUUAUGCUAUUAAUUCUUUUUCUUUUAAUUAUGUAUUUAUUGGGUAAGAAUGGCCAUUUAUACUAUAUCGAUCUCCUUUCUAAUAUUAAUUGCA